AUGUAUAUCUGUGAGCGCGGCCACGUCAGCCGUCGCCUGCUGCUUGAGACCCAGGAGCAGGCGCUGCUGGAGGCCAGCGGGCAGGUGGCGGGGCAGGGCUUCAAGGUGCGGGAGGUGCGGGCCCACACCAAGGCAACAUACCAGCAGAGCAAGUACAAUCUGCUGCGGGAGGCCAACGAGGGCUACGCCAAGGCCGUCACGCUGCUCAACAGCGCGGGCGGCCAGCCAGGGGCGCCGGGCGCCGCGCCGCUGGGGCCCUUCCUGUCUGAGCUGCGGGCGCUGAUAGGGUUCUUCUCGCUGGACCCCAACAGGGUGUGCGACCUGGUGCUCGAGGCCUGGGAGUCCUGGCUGGCCGCGGCGCCCACCGCCCGCGCGCGCGCUGACGUCAGCGGGUGGCUGGCCGUGCUGGGGCUGUUCCGGGAGGACGCGCCCACGCAGCUGCUGGGGUUCAGGUUCGUUUACCACCAGGGCGGUCGAGCCGAGUGUCGGAAGUCCGCGGUUGAGGAGGUGAUGCUGGCGGCGCUGCUGCGGGGCCGCGGCGCGGCGACCCCGGCCGCGCCGCCCGCGCCGCCGGCGCUGUACCGCCUCGCCGGCCAGCUGGCGGCGGCGGGGCGCGUGUCGCUGGACCGCCUGACGCCGUACCUCAGCCCCGACGACGCUGAGCUGGCGGCGCGGUACGUCGCGGCGUCGGAGGUUGUGCAGGCUGAGGUGGAGGCGUACGGGAAGGUCGACCUCUCCGCCGUCAGCGCCCCCGCCGCCCCCGCCGCCGGCGCCGGCGGGGGCGCCGCCGCCGCCGCGCCCCGCGGCACGUUCUCCGGCGCCUCCCUUGAGCUCGACGCGUCCCGCUUCGACGAGCUGCUUACCAGCUACCUCGACCGCCCCAGCGGCGGCGGCGGCGACGAGAAGGAUUCGGGCAAAGCGGCGGCAGCAGCGGGCGGUGGCGGCGGUGGUGGUGGUGGUGGUGGGAAUCAGAAGCUGGCCAUGGUGGAGGGCCUGCUGGCUGUGGGGUGA